GGGUAUGUGGCUCGGCUUGAUGAACGAAAGGACAAAUGGGACUCGCGAGUCGAGGAUUGUUGCGGUUGAGUUCGACACAAGGAAGAGCCAUCCUGAUGAUCUUGAUGGAAACCAUGUGGGUCUAAAUGUGAACAACAUAAAUUCGGUUGUUCAAGAAUCGUUGAGCAGUCGAGGGAUCACGAUCAAUUCCAGUAUUGACUUUACCGCACAUGUGCGGUAUGAUGGUAAGAAUCUUUCGGUAUAUGUCUCAAGAAACCCGGAGGUACAUGAUCAGCGAAACUUGGUGUUUUCUUGGCCUAUAGAUCUAUCAGCCUAUCUUCCAGAGAAUGUUUACAUUGGAUUUACGGCUUCAACAAGCGAUUUUACGCAACUGAAUUGUGUGAAAUCAUGGAGUUUUGAAGGAUCUUUCUUAGGGGGACAAUACUUAAGAUCUAGGUCAAAGGCCGGGGAAACAAAUCCGGAUAUAGAAGCUGAGCUAGAUAAUUGCGCUACAAACCCGCAGAAGUUCAAACUGAGAGAGUUGAAGAAAGCUACGGGAAACUUCACCGUGGAGAACAAACUGGGGCAAGGCGGGUUUGGGAUGGUGUUUAAGGGGAAAUGGGAGGGACUCGCUUGUUGCCACCCGAAUCCAAACCUUAGACCGUCCAUGAAAACCGUUUUGAAGGUCUUGACUGGUGAAACUAGCCCACCCGAUGUGCCUACAGAGAGACCGGCUUUCGUAUGGCCAGUAAUGCCUCCAUCUUUUGGUGUUGUUGACUACUCUCUUACAGGGAGCCAGGAUAUUACGCUCACCGAGCUUACUGGCCGAUAAUAUCAAUAUGUGUGUUCUUCAAGAAAUACUUUGAGAAUUGGGGUUGCUUCGAUAUAUGCUACUUAUAUUUUCUUUGUGUACAUAGAAAUAGAAGUAUAUGAAUGUU